CGGCAAUCUGCCCUUGCAGAAUGUAGAAUGUGUCUCCGAUGCGGCAAGGGUGACAACUCGCUUGCCCCCUUUCUUUGCAUCAUCAAUGUGACCAGCAUAUCUCCGAAGUCUUCCAGGUUGACACCAGAAGCCCCGCCACAGCCAUAAGCGUGAUUGUUAUUCAAAACACAUUGCCACUUCAGGUGUAGUUCUUCAAAUUGCUAUUGACGGUGCAAAAUCAGCCGUGCUAUGAAAUGGGAGCCGAGCGUCGGCUAGAGGGAUCGCGAGAGGAAAUUUCCACACCAGCGCAGGCUGACUCGAAUUCGGCGAUGGCCUUUACCUCUCACGGGAUCGUAGCGAGAUGGAGGCCAACUUGGCGCUCUGGGUUGGGGGUUGUAAACCUCUCUUCGGAGAUGCAGAUGCUUCCAGCUGUAGCAUGUGGCUUUGUUGGUGAAGAUUGGUUGACGAGAGUGAUCGACUUCUGUGCCUGGCGGCCUGAACAGGGGACAAGACACAUCAAGCUUCAGGGUACAGCACGUGACAGGGCCGUUCAGCAGACUCCUGCGGCACUGGCAGCUGGUCAUCAACAGCUUGAACCUGAAAUCGCCAAGAUCUCAGAACAACGACUUCAACAACAUGAAGCACGACUUGUGAGAGGUGUUUCACCAACUUCAUCCACUUCCAAUCCGCUAUUCCCAUGAGGUAAUGCUAUCCUGCCUUCUACGAGUGUUUACCAAUACCCACAAUUCGGCACUAGGUAGGGCACAGCUCGCUCGCCCUGCUCCCACAUGAUUUCCCAGCCUUUCAGACUGGACUAGACUCUCUGAGGCCGUUACCACAUUCGUUCUCUACCAAGAUCGGGGCGCAAGUGGCAGUAUGGCUAGUCAUUUCCUCUCGUCUUCGGAUGUCUUCGCACGAGGACAGUCGCCAAGACAUUCCACUGUUUCGGCCCCGGCGGAACAACGACAUGAAAGGUGACGUCUUGCGGGUCUUGCAGCUGUUUGGAGAUCCAGCCCUGUCUCGUGGCGAGUGCUGCAAGGCGAGUUGACUGCUCGGUAUGGGAAGGCGUCCUUCGACAGAUCCUGGGACAGAACGAGGCUGAUAAGCUGGUUCCCGUUGGUCGGCUCUGGAACGAUGACCAUUCGGCCACCAUAAGAAUCUUCUCGAGGACAUUUUGUAGCAUAACCCCAUACUUAUCGGUCGCAGGUCGCAGGAUUUCCGAGCACUUGUGCUUGUAAUUCAGGUCUUUUGUAGGCGGGACCACUCAGCAAUCUGAGACCUGUUGGUGACACUCUCGACAAUUCACGAGAUGCUUGAGCAGGUCCUCGCUUCUUGCAAGGCUUGAAACGGAGUGAUUUUUGCAGGUAUUGGCGCCCAAGGGCCAAGACCGGGUCAGAGACCGUUUAGACUUGUGAAGGGAUCACCUACCGUAGGUAACGGGUAGUUGUACAAGGUUCUCCCGGACUGUGAAAAGAUCGAAAUGCACUGCCCUAAGAAGUGCAAGUCUUGAAAACCAAGUCGAUCUUGGACUCCUG